CGUCUUGUGCUUUGCUGAGACAUCAGCUACACACUGUCCCUUGGCCUGGCUGACCUCCCUCGUAUAAAUCCACCACUGUUCUAGUGCACUGCCCACGGCCUUGCUGAUAGGAGUGAGGCCCAUCCCUGCUCCAGGCAGCUCUGUCUUUGCCUCUGGCAGUCCAGUGGCCUCCUGCUCCUGGCUCCUGCUAGUCAUGAAGCUUCUUUUCCUGUCUCUUGCCAUCCUUCUGGCCAUGGAGCCCGUGAUGCCAGGGGAAUGUUGGCUGCACGGACACUGCCGCUUGGUGUGCAGAGAUGGUGAAGACCACGUCAUCCGCUGCCACAAUCGUAAGCGAUGCUGUGUCCCUGACCACUACUUAACAAUCCAGCCAGUAACGAUUGAUGGGCAGCUUGACUGGACCACUCCUCACGUGACUAAGAAAGGCAAAAAACACAAUAAAAAUAGAAACCGGGGAUAGACGUAACCUGGCUUCAGGUCGCUUAGUUUCCAUGUGUCAUUAAACUUACAAAUCUG